UUGUAACAUGACAAAAUGUGGGAAAAAAAAGGUUUCCAGCCACUGUGCUGUUGACUGAGAAUCUUACUAAAAAGGGUCCAUUUUAAUUCUUCUACACAAGUACAUUUGCAAUUUAUACAGUUUAUUCAACUGUAUUUGAAAAUGCUAAUUGUAAUGCACAGCAAAACACAGUUAUAUUCUUAUACCAGAUGAUUGUUAUCCUGAUGUAAGAGGAUCAAUAGAAGAUGGCUGGACUUAACUGAAUUUGUAAUGUGAGUUAGAUGUCACUGAUGUGGAGUGUGAAGAUUGUUGGCCUGGGAGUGGUGGCCCUCUCUCUCAGUCUGGAGCUGCUUGGCUGGGUCUUUGGUCGCUGCAGGCGCAGAAGAACCCUCAACAAGGUCCUCUUCUUCCCGUCAAAGGUGGCUUGUGUGGAGCACUUGCUCAGCCAAAAUUCAGCUUGCUCAUGUUUCUGUCCACUGCCACACGGUGUAGAGACGUCUUUCUCUUGUCUCCUCCGCCACAUCCUCUCUGCCUCCUCCUCACUGGACCUGUGUGUUUUUUCUUUUUCAAACAUGGAUCUGAGUAGAGCUGUGCUCCUGUUGCAUAGCAAGGGCGUAACUGUCCGAGUCCUUAGUGACAAGCACUAUUCUGCCAUCACAGGCUCACAAAUAGGAGCUCUUCGCAAGGCUGGGGUCGCCACAGCGAGUCAUCCGUCUCCAUGCGUCUGCGUGCGAUGUGAUGCUGGCUCUGUGCACAUGCACCACAAGUUUGCAGUGGUGGAUGGCCGCCAGCUCAUCACCGGCUCCCUAAACUGGACAUUGACAGCAGUGCAGAGCAACAUGGAGAACAUCAUCAUCACGGAGGAGGCAGAGUUGGUUCAACCCUUCAUCAAGGAGUUCAACCAGAUAUGGGCUCUUAAUGAUCCAGCUCGAUUCUAUAAGAGCUAAUACGUGAUUAGCCAUGAUGGUCACUGACAGCUGGAGAUGUGUGAGCAAAAUUAGUUUAUUCAGCUUGCCUUGUAGAUCUUUUCUUGGUGUGUCACUGAAUCAAGUUCAUUUUAACUGAGUCAAGUUAAAAUGAUUCUGAGAUACUCUGAAGGGAAUUAGACUUGUUUAAUCAUUCAGUCGACAUUUACUUUACAAUUUGUUGUGGACUGUUUUAGUGUUUCUUUUUUGUUGCUAAAAACAAUUCAGUUUAGGUAUUAACCAAUGGACUAGUUUACAGAUGGUGACCCAGUAUUCCAAAACAAUGUGUCCACCAGUAAACAGAAUCCCUAUUGUUUCAAUAUAGAUAAAUGCAUGCUGUUGAUUUAACAAAAAAUAUAUAUAUAUACUUGUUUUAUACCAUGUCACACAUUUAAUGUUGUUCUUAGCUCUUAGAUCUGAUAAUCUAAGAGCUGAGGUUUUUUAUGCGAUAGCAUUCUGCUGUAUGUUUAAUAAAACUGUGGAUACAA